AUGCUCCAGCCAAUACAUCACUCAAAACGUCGAUAUUGGGAAAUUGGACUUUCGGCGCCAUCUCUGGAGUUCAAAGCUAACGACGGACCCAGCAAAGAGGGGAGAGACGAGGAAUGCGACAUGUGCUUAUUUUUUGCUUCUUCCACGUUUUCGAUUUGCCGCCCACGACGUAGUGUGCUAUUUAUUGAUUAUUGUGUUGAUAAUUGCGGUUCUGUUUUUGCCAAAAAUUUAUUACGGCAGUACGACGAUAAUUGGCUUUCGCCAAUUAUUUAUUUAAUAAAAAUUGGACCAGCUCGACGACAAUCGGCUGUGGCUGUGAUCGCUAAUCGACGUGAAAAAUUGACAAAAGGUCAGCAAGUGUCCUCACCAAGGAGCUUAUUGUCCAAACUAGUCGACGUGGAAGCCGAGUACGACCUGGUGCGGCCAAUCGACGGACAACGUAGAUUUACGUCUUCGACCAGGGUGGUGAAUGAAGUUUUUCUUAUUACUGAACUAAAUUCGGCGGAGAUUUAG